CCAACACUGGUAUAUAUACUAGAGAUGAGCUCUGACACAUCACAGUUCACCUCCAUAUACUCUUGAAGUAACACGCUUCUUAAUAAAUUACAACAAUGAAACUGUUUGUGGUAGCAGCGAUCCUCGGCGCCUGCGUGGCGGACCGACUUGACAACAAAUACCUGCCUCCCAGAGGCAAUGAUGGUGCAGGCUACAGCGGCAGUGGUUUCGGAGGCGCGCCUUCUGCUGGAAGCUUUGGAUCCGGUGGAUUUGGAGCUAGAGGCUCUGGAUUCAACCAGGGAGGCUUCGGGCAAAGCCAGGCUGGCUUCGGCCAAGGAGGUUUCCAAGCCCAGCAUUCAGGAAACGCUUACAAUGCCCCUAACAGCCGACCACAAGACGCUGGCGCACAAAUCUUGAGGCUAAACAGUGACGUCACAGCUGAUGGUUUCUCCUACGACUUCGAGACGUCCAAUGGUAUCCGCGCUGACGCGUCAGGAGUGGCUACUAACGGAGUUCAGUCCCAUGGAAGCUUCGGAUACAAGGGAGAUGAUGGCCAGGACUACAGUAUCACGUAUACCGCUGAUGAGAAUGGUUACCAGCCUCAGGGUGCCCAUUUACCCACCCCCCCUCCGAUCCCAGAGGAAAUCCUGAGAUCCCUGGAACAGAAUGCUCGCGAUGAAGCUGCUGGCAUCUCUGAUGAUGGAUCUUACCGCGGUGAAGGCGCCGGCGCCGGUGGUUAUUCUGGUUCUUCUGCUGGUGGAUACUCUGGCUCAGCAGCUGGAUCAGCAGGCUAUUCCCGUGGCCCAUCUGGAUCUGGAUCUUUCGGCUCUGGCUCCGGUUUCGGUGGCCAAGGAUCCGGUUUUGGUGGCCAAGGAUCCGGUUUCGGCGGACAAGGAUCCGGUUUCGGCGGUCAAGGAUCCGGUUUCGGAGGAUCGUCUGGUUUUGGUUCUAAAGCUGGAUUCGGUGGUUCCAACGCUGGUUUCAAUAAUGCUGCCUCUCGCCAAUAUCUGGCCCCCAAUGCUGGGCCCAGGCCUUCAGGCACUGGCAACUUCAACGCCCAAUCCGGAUACAAGUAUUAAAGCAUUGAUUAUUGUCGGAGGGAUUUCAAAUUUAACCACUGAAUCAAUUUUAUAAUAGUCAACACUAGUUAUUGAUUUUUUUGGUUUGUGUUCAUUACUUUUUAUUUUACUAAUCAAAGUUUUUUCUUUUGCCAUUUAGAUAUUUUAUAAAUUAUUGUUCAAUUUAUUCUUCCUGUGUUCUUUUCCUCCUUAUUUCUUCGAUGUGAUAAUAACGAUACUCUGCUUUUGUACUGAUUACUGAUAACUAUGUAUAAAUAAUGUUGUUACUUAUGUUAUUACGUAUGUAUUGCCAUCACUUUGAAGCGUUCUAUUUCUUAGUAAUUAUGAUCUCAAUGUCACUUUUCUUACUUCUGUAAAUUUUCAUUUUAUCAUUAAAAUUGUGAUAAGUUACUCAAUGCAACGCGAACGGACAGUAAUAAUGUAAGGAAAAAUAUAAAAAAAUAUUCUGUACAAUAACUUAGCGUUAAGUUUUGUAAAUAUAUGAAACGUUUAUGAAUAUACGAUGUAAAGCAAUA